UGUUUGUUGACAGUGAACGAACCUCGUGUUUGGUCGAUAGCGGUGUUGUUGGAAAAUCGUCCAAUUUUUCCAAACAGUAUUAUUACAAAUUAGCCCGGACUGAAAAUGAGUGGAGACGCCGAUCAAGUUGAACAAUUCGACUCACUUUUUCUGUCGAUCGCGCAGCAUCAUCCUCAGGGAGCCUCACAACUGCUGGACACCUUUGUCAACUUCCUCGGCAGGAAAACCGACUUCUUCACCGGCGGAAAAGAGGGACAAUGGGAAUCGCUCGUAAUGAACACCUUCAAAAAGUACGAAAAAAUCAGUCGUGCUAAUCACGAGACAGAACUUCAGCAGCGCCGCGAAAAAGAGGCAGCCAAAAAGGCGGCGGCUGCCGCUAAAAAACAAGCUGAAGAGGCAACAUCUCAACCAGCCACAAUCACCGAGUUGUCUGAUGCUGAAGCUGAAAAGCUUCAAGCAGAAUUGGAGAAAAAGAAAGGGGGCACUCCUGGCCCCGCUCAACCCGCCGAGGACGCGGAAAAGGUUGAGGACGAUGAGGAUGAGUCUGAGAAGGGUAAACUCAAGCCGAACAGUGGCAAUGGAUGUGACCUGGACAAGUACAAGUGGACUCAGACUCUGCAGGAUAUAGAGGUACGCGUACCGUUAAAUAUCAACUUCAGGGCGAAACAGAAGGACCUAGUGGUCAAGUUGGCGAAGAAGCGUCUCACUUGCGGCGUGAAAGGACAACCGCCGAUUAUCGAUGAUGAUUUCCCGCACGAGAUUAAGCUGGAGGAGUCCACGUGGGUCAUCGAGGAUGGAAAGACUAUUUUGUUCAACUUAGAAAAGGUUAAUAAAAUGAAUUGGUGGAGUAAACUAGUCAACUCAGAUCCCGAAAUUAGCACAAAGAAAAUCAAUCCCGAGCCAUCGAAGUUGAGUGAUUUGGACGGCGAGACCAGAGGGUUGGUUGAGAAGAUGAUGUAUGAUCAACGUCAAAAGGAAUUGGGCCUCCCCACUAGUGACGAUCAAAAGAAACAAGACGUUAUCAAAAAGUUUAUGGAACAACACCCAGAAAUGGACUUCUCCAAAUGCAAAUUUAACUGAAAUUCUUAGUAAUAAUUAUAAUAAUUUACUAUUUUAUUUUUAAUAUGUAUUUCAAUUUUUUUGAAUAAAACUAUUCUACUUUGA